AUGAAGUUUAUUCUAAUAGAUUCAAACCAACUAAUAGUACAAUGCUGGAAACACCAUUACCAAACAUGUCUAAAGAUCGUACAACAUUACAACCUAUCACUCAAACCAACAAUCCCGACAUCCUCUACAUCAACAUCGCCCAAUGAAUUCGAAUUUUAUGCUAGUACUAUUGAGGAUUUUGUUUCUACUCAUCAACUCAGUGGCACCGCAUCUACUGUUUCGCCCGGUAACUCCCUUAGUUAUAUGGGUGGAGGAUUUGACAAGUAUUUGUUACAAAGUAUGCUUCUAGGUACUACCGUCACUGAUUACAAAGUCAUUGAACAUUUAAUUCAAGAUGCCAAGUUACGACAAAGUAAUGGAUAUUUAAUCCCUAAUCAUAUAUAUCGUACCAAUUUACUACAAUUGCCGAUUUAUAAAGGUUACAAUUAUCGAGAUUCAUUAAUUUAUAAGAAUUUGGGUGUUGAUGAAUUGAUUCAAAUUCCAACAAUGAUUGUACCGGAAAAGAUCCAUUCGGUAAGGCACUUGUUUGAUUCAAUAUGGAGUUUGUUAUCGCAUAUACAAGAAUAUGACGUUUUAGGUGGAAAGGAAGAUCCAAAACGUGAUGGAGAAAUACGGCAAAUACAAAAUUUAAUUAUUCCCGGGAUAGGUACAGGAUAUGGACAUUUAAAUGAAUUCGAACUGACUAAAAUUAUGAUAUUUGCCAUGUUUGUAUUUCACUUGGACCUCAAGACCAACACGCGAUUAAAUCAAUUAAAGAAAUCAAUGUUGAUAUUAUUCUUUUUCAAUAAAGAUUAUCGUUUGUUUCAAAAUGAAACGGAUUUACAGGAGUUAGAAAAUUUGAUUAGUGAUUAUGGUAAAUCUGUUGAAUUAAAACCCGAUACUAUCAUGGAUUUAGAUGAAGUUUUCAAAUGUAUCAAGUUCUAA